AGCAAAACGACGAACCAGUGUUUGCUUUGAAAUUUUCUAUUGUUUAUUAAAAGUCACGACAGUUCUCGUUCGAAAUUGUACAUUGAUUAGUUUUCCAUUUGUCGUUCAAAAUGAGCAAAUUCGCGAAAAUCAUUUUACUAAUUAUGUCGCUACCUUUGGUAGCUCUUCAAAACAAUACGAACCAAGAAGACACUUCGCCGCUAAUCCGUUCUCCUCCAGGACAGUUUCCAGCCAAUGUCGACAUCAGAAAUGCAAGCGACGACAAUCAUUUAUGCACUGGAAUGCUGGUCGAAUUGGAUAAUGUUAUCACUUCAGCUUCGUGUGUAGCGAACUCGAAAGCGAAGGAUCUGCUUAUAAUAGCGGGGAGUGCAAACCUCUUGCAAGAGCGUAACGUGUCCUACAUUUUAAUCCAUCCAGAUUAUAGCAGCACCGAUUUGGAUUAUAAUAUUGCAGUUCUAAAGUUGAGGCAACUUUUUAAUCAAACAACACACGUUCACGCAGCAGUUGUAGCCCGACUGGUACCAAAUGACGGGGAAACUUGUUUUGUAUCUGGGUGGACCACAGAAAAGGGUAAAUCAGUAAUGAAGUAUGCAAGAGUAACUGCGAUGAAAGUUGAGCAAUGUAAAAAGUGCAUAGAAAACACCGUCUGCGCUGGCAACUUCGAGCACAAAGGAGAGUGUCUUGGAGACCAAGGUUCUCCUUUAGUUUGCAAUGGGGCACUACACGGAAUUUACGUAGGAAGUGCCGCCAACUGCCAGGCCUAUUCGGGAAUAUAUUCGGAUAUAGUGUUUUAUAAAGAGUGGAUAAAUAAACUUGCUGAGUGGGACGGGUAUGGUGACACCCCCUUGCCUGAUCCUGAUGCACGAAAAAGGAAAUUGGACGCGUAUUUAUUCACAAUGCAUUCCAACCAAAUGUGUAUCCAAUUAUUUAAGUAUUUAUUAUUAAUAGUCACAAUAACUGUUGUAUAGGUAAAAUCUUAGGAAGCCGGAAGUUAAGCAUGGUAUGAAUGUUUGUGUACAAGUGCUGAGGAAAUUUGAUUUGAUUGAUUUGCUUAUUGAUUGAAGACUUUGAAAUUGGUACAGUUGAGUGCCUAUUGUAGUAUGCCAAAAGAAUCCUACUCCUGAAUUGGUGGAGAGAAUGCUUUGACCUACCCACACCAAAUAUUUUCAAGCACUAAAAACAAUUAGUAAUUGUAAUUUGCUAGCAAUACAGAGUUUUGCACCACA